AUGCCUGGCCGUCUUCAGCAUAAAUCUGCACUUAUCACAGGAGCCGCAUCCGGCAUAGGUCUUGAGUCGGCAAUCUUAUUCGCACUUGAGGGAGCCGACGUCUUGCUAGUCGACAUCAACGAGAAAGCCGUCCAAGAUGCUGCAGCGAAGCUAGCUAAGAAGACGCCGAACGUGAAGAUAAUCGCAACAACAGCCGACGUCGGGAAAGAAUCAGACGUGAAAGCAGCAGUAGACAAAGCCGUCGCAGAGUUCGGGAGACUGGACAUUAUGUUCAACAACGCCGGAAUAAUGCACCCAGCAGACGACAACGCACUCAACACAGAAGAGAAAAUCUGGGACCUCACAAUGCAAAUCAACCUCAAAGGCGUCUGGUGGGGCUGUAAAUACGCUAUCCUCGCUAUGCGCAACAACCCUACCGAUGAGAGUAAAGGUCUACGCGUCGGAGGGAGCAUCAUCAAUACUGCGAGCUUCGUUGCGCUCAUGGGUGCGGCGACGCCCCAGUUAGCUUAUACUGCUUCUAAGGGUGCCGUACUCGCCAUGACCCGCGAAUUAGCAAUGGUCCACGCCCGCGAAGGCAUUCGCUUCAACUCACUCUGCCCCGGUCCACUGAAAACACCCAUGCUAAUGGACUUCCUCAACACACCCGAGAAACGUGACAGACGAUUGGUCCACCUCCCCAUGGGCCGCUUCGGCGAAGCCGUUGAACUCGCAAAGGGCGCUCUGUUUCUUGCAAGCGAUGAUAGCAGCUACGUCACCGUACGUAUCUCUCCCAUCUCCCAUCUCCCAUCUCCUUCCCUGUCCAUAAUGGAGUUUCACUUACCUGUUUCUUUAUAUUACAUUAUCCCUUCUGAACAGGGCACGGAGUUCAAAGUCGAAGGCGGUCUGGCCUCUUGCUACGUUACCCCUGUCGGCGAACCUGCACUUCCACCGCCAGAGAGCUUAACAAAUCUCCUUUGA